GCCGGUAUAGGGAGAUGGGUGAAUACUUACAGUGCAGUGACAUCAAAUUUGAACGGGAGUUAAUUUGGUGUAUAGAGCAGUUGGAACUUGGAUUGAGCCGACAAAAACCAGACAGUAAACAAGCCAGAGAGGGUAAGCGGAUAUUGAAGAUGCUUAGUGAUCCAAAAGCCCCAUUGGUAAAGAAGAGACAAGCUAUGCGAUCCACUUUCUGCGAUUACAGAAAAAAGAUGGCUGACGAGGAGAAAAAACUUGUUGCUAGCAGUGCAAAAAAUGUCUCUGUGCGUGUAGCAGCCGAUACGAAACAACAGAGAUUCACAUUCUACAAAAAAGCGAGGUCAACGGGCGAUGCAGAUUUAUGUGAUCCGAAUGCAAGUGAGGCUCCCCUUUUUGAGACAACUCGGGAUACCAUGUUCAAGUUUCACUUCAACACUGAAACAGUUCCUAAUACAGUAGAUUUGCCAAAUGAAUCUGAAGACACUAGAAAGGAUGGAGAGCAAAAACAAUUGAAUGGCAAUAAGCCAAUGUUUGAGAGUUCAGAUAAUAGUUUUAGAUUCAAUUUCCAAAUUGAGCAACCUAUGUAAGUUCUGUAAAAUGUGAAAUUAUGUAACACACAUAUAUGUAUAUAUAAUUAUGUCAUGUAUUAGCAUCCCUUUCAAGUACAUUAGCAUUGAAGCUUUGGGCUUUUCAAUUAUGUAAGUGAAAGUACAUCUAAUUGACAAACACUGCUUUCAUAAUAAAAAUAACAAAAACAAUGUCAUCCA